GCUCCGAAGGCCCAUGCCUGGUUCCUGGCUGGGCUGGUCGACCUAAUCCUCUGCUCACCUCCUCCACCGCCGCUCCUUCCCGACGCGGCUGAGGGAGAAGAGGUCAGUGAGCACCCGGACAUUCAGCAGGAGCGUCUGCAGGUGUGGCUGGCCUCCUCCCCGCCGCUGAUGCAUGUGGUGGGGCCUUUGCUUGCGAAACCUGGUCCAGCAGCACGUGAAGCAGCGCGCCAGGAGAUUGAACGCUUUCGGCAGUCUGCGACGGCGGCCCCUCCUCCGUUUGUGGACGGAGGGGCUGCACCGGCAGGCCCUGUCGCUGAGGAAGCAGCGAAGAGCAAGAAAAAGAAGGUGAAGAAGGUUGACGAGGACACCCCUGCCACACCAGGGUACGAUCUUUACAACGAGGCCAUCCCGAUGGACGUCUUCAUGAACUGCGAGGACCAUACGCAAAGGACGGCUGAUGGUGUACCUGUCCUGGACCUCCUGGACUCCGACGAUGAGGCCGAUCCGGCCCUGACCGAGCUCUGA